UGUUCCAGCAGCUGCGCGUCUUGGUCCAGCGAAAAGAGUCUCCGGGAGUGCAGUGUGUCCGUCUUCGUGAGCCGGCUGCAGAGGAAAAGAACUGAGGGCAAAAGGAUGGCAUUGGAAGGGGAGAGCAUCAAUCUGCAAGCCAUGAAUCCCCAGCUCCAGAUUAAUGGGCCAAUGAACAUCAACCACUACGCAACGAAGAAGAGUGUGGCAGAGAGCAUGCUGGAUGUGGCACUGUUCAUGGCGAAUGUCACACAGCUCAAAGCGGUGCUGGAGCAGGGGUCAUCCUUCCAGUACUAUGUCACCCUCAUCGUGCUCAUCAGCAUCUCCCUCUUCUUCCAGGUGGUGAUUGGGAUUCUCCUCAUCAUCACUGCGCGUUUGAACCUGAAUGAUGUAGCAAAACAACCCCGCCUGAAUAUACUCAACAAUGCUGCCACAGCUCUCAUCUUCAUCACAGUCAUCCUCAACAUCUUCAUCACAGCCUUUGGGGUGCAGAAGACUGGCCUCUACCCUAACAGGAAUUUUAGACCUUAUUAAGUCACUGGCCAAUGAAGUCAGGAUCUGAGCAGUGCAGCUGGUGGGGAAAGCUCUCCUUCUCUUCUCCUUCUCUACAUUUUCACUGACCUCAGCAGGAGCCCAUUGAUGAAUCCAGAGAACUGGGUUAAACUUUCCAGACAGUGUGUGUGUCAUGGUAUACUAGCCCCUUACCAUAAUGCUUUUGCAGUUCUGAAGGGGUAAAAGCAUUGCCUUUCAAAGCUAGAACAAACUUUGCUAGAGAAAGCUGCAGGAAUAGCAGCAGGCACACAGUUUCAAAGCACAGAUCUGUAAAUCUCAUGUCUUAUUUUAGUUUCCUGCAUCAUAUAUUCAAUAUUGCCUCAUUUUGUAGAGAAGACUAAACAAUUUAUUUUGUAGGCUAAAUAAACAACGAAAGUCCAGCUUUAUUGUCUCAAGCGUAAGUUGCUAUACUUACAGCAAUGCUAUCUGGUAGUUUACCUCCCAAAUGUUGGAGUGGAUUUGUCAAACUACAAAUAAAAGAAGAAGUUCUCAUGGGAGGAUAGAAAAGUGUGUGUAUAUCAAUGCAGCUAAAACCAGUUCAUAUAUUUUUCUAGUUGUUAGAAAUUAAACAUGACACAGUUAAGGAAACAAUCGGAUAUUUCCAGCAUUGGAAAAUUAACAAUGACAAAAAAUAGAUAUUCUGGUACGAUGUCAUUGCCAGGGACCAAUCAGGAAUGAUGUAAAAACAGCCUGACAAUAUUUAGUAGAAAAUGAAGAAACAUCAUAUAUAAAGAGAUGCUGUAGGCUUAUUGCCAUAAUGAGAAAUGGCAGAUGCGUGGUGUAUUACUUUAUUAAAAACAUCACCAUUAUAAUUUAAGGUCUCAUCACUAACAUAAAUGGUUUUAAAUAUAUCAUUUUUAUAUUGACGA